AUGGAGCUUCUUCGUUCUUCUUUCCUUCCCAACACUCACUUCUUCACUGACCCCUCUCCUUCACAACCACCCAUCAAUGUUCACACCCCCAAAUUCAACUUCCGAGCUUCCAUAGACACAAACACCCCCACACUCCCAAACCCACAACCCCAUCUCGCUUUUAUCGCCAAAAAAGCUUCAGACUUUAGUAACAGUUACAGAGCUCAACCCACCUCUGAGGUUAGUCACUGCAUUUCUUUACUUAAAAGUAACCAUGUUGCUGAUUGUAGACAAGUCCAUGCUCUUGCUUUGAAGUCGAAUGCUUUAGAAGUGAAUAGUUGGGUUGGAAAUAAGCUUGCUAUGCUUUACUGUAGGAAUUAUGAGCUUUUGGACUAUGCCCAGAAGCUGUUUGAUGAAAUGCCUGAGAGAACUGUACCCACUUAUGCGGCUUUGAUUAGGGCGUAUUGUCGGUCCGAGCAGUGGGAGGACUUGUUUGUGGUGUUUGGGUUGAUGGUUGAGGAGGGAAUGGUGCCGGAUAUGUAUGUUGUGCCUACAUUGUUGAAGGCAUGUGCGCUGACGAAGAUGGUGGGGAUUGGGAGGAUGAUUCAUGGGUUUGUGAUAAGGAAGGAGAUGGAUUUGGAUGUUUUUGUGGGGAACUCGCUUGUAGAUUUUUAUGCCAACUGUGGGGAUUUGGGGUUUGCAGUGAGUGUGUUUGGUGCAAUGAGGGAAAGAGAUGUGGUCUCGUGGACUGCACUUGUUUCGGCUUAUAUGAAUGAGGGUCUUUGUGAGGAAGCUUUGGAGGUUUUCAGUUUGAUGAAGGUGAAUGGGGUGAAGAGGGAUUUGAUAUCUUGGAAUGUGCUUGUUUCGGGGUUUGCAAAGAAUGGGGAGAUUGAAAUGGCUCUGCAGUAUUUGGAGGCGAUGCAAGAGGAAGGGUUAAGGCCGAGAGUUAAUUCUUGGAAUGGAGUCAUUUCGGGGUGUAUUCAGAAUGAAUAUUUUGAGGAUGCUUUGGAUGCAUUUUAUAGAAUGUUGUGUUUCCUCGAGGAGCCAAAUUUUGUUACAAUUGCAAGCAUUUUACCAGCUUGUGCAGGCUUGAAAGAUCUGAACUUGGGCAGGGCUAUUCAUGGAUUUAUUCUGAAGCGUCAGCUUUGCGAUAACACUCAUGUGGAAGGUUCAUUGAUUGGUAUGUACUCAAAAUGUGGGUCGAAAGAUUAUGCAGAGAAAUUUUUUUCCAUGACCAAAACCAAAAGCAUUGGAAUGUGGAAUGAGAUGAUUGCAGCUUAUGUGAAUUCAGGAGAAACAGAGAAGGGAAUAGAGCUUCUAAGGGUGAUGCAUCAUCAUGGCUUAAAACCUGAUGUGGUAUCCUAUAAUACAAUAUUGGCUGGCCAUGCAAGAAAUGGUCAAAAGAAUGAGGCAUAUGAAUUGCUUCAUGAGUUGGUCCAGAUGGAUUUGAAACCAAAUAUUGUCUCUUUCAACGUCUUAAUUUCUGGUUUUCAACAAUUUGGGCUUAGUUUUGAAGCUUUGAAAUUGUUCUGGACCAUGCAAUCCCCAUGUGAUGGUUGCUUUGCUGAUUUUGUGCUCCCUGAGUCGAUCCAACCAAAUUCCAUUACGGUUGCUGGGGAAGGAAAUCCAUGGAUAUACGCUGAGGUGUGGGUUUGA